AUGUGGACAGAGAACUCUGGAAAGAAAAAAAGCAGAGUUGUCAUUCAGAUACAGAAUAACCAGAAUGGGAAUAAUGGAGACGAGGAAGUCCCCAACUUCAAGAACAGGCUGCGAGAACGAAGAAAGAAGCAAAAGCUUGCUAAGGAGAAAGCUGGGCUUUCAAAGUUAUCUGACUUAAAGGAUGCUGAAGCUGUUCAGAAGUUCUUCCUUGAGGAGAUACAGCAUGGUGAAGAGUUAUUAGCACAAGGUGACUACGAGAACAGUGUAGACCACCUGACAAAUGCUAUUGCUGUGUGUGGGCAGCCUCAGAAGCUGCUGCAAGUGUUACAGCAGACUCUCCCACCACCAGUGUUCCAGAUGCUUCUGACCAAGCUUCCAACCAUUAGUCAGAGAAUUGUAAGUGUUCAGAGCUUGGCUGAAGAUGAUGUGGAAUGAGCCA